CAAGGUAACAGGGGAGAUAACACGUGUGCUUUGUCUGGUUGGAAAGAUCAACCAAAUCUCUCUUUUCUCUGAACGUUGCGGAAGAUUGUGAAAGUUUCCCAUUUUUCUCAUAGAGAGAGCCACUCGUACAUCAGACCUACUUCUUCUGUUAUUUCUGCUGAGGCGAGCAGAGCCACCACCGCAUCAGAUCGGCUUCUACAUCAGGAAAUGGGUACGGCUGCUAAGUCUACAAACUCUCUUGCUUUCUUCUUCAAUCAUUUGCUUAACGAUCCUCAUCAUUGUCAUUUAAGGGUUUCUUUAAAUGCUCAAAUUUUUUAUUAUUAUCGUUGUCGUAGUUUUUGUUCUACUUCUGCUAACACUACCAAUAGUGGUAGAGAUAAUGUGGAAAUCCCCAAUCAUUUCUUGCAAUCUGUGAGAGAUCGGUGCAGAUCUGGAAGCUUAAGGAAUCUUGAUGAUGCCUUGGGCUUGUUUGAUAGAAUGCUUCACAUACACCCUUUGCCUUCCAUCGUGGAUUUUACUCAAUUGCUGACUGCCAUUGCAAGAAUGAAGCAUCACUCAACCGUGAUUUCUCUGAUUAAAGAAAUGGAACUCUCAGGAAUUGCUCCUGAUGUAUAUACUCUGGGCAUUCUGAUUAAUUGCUUCUGCCAUUCGAAUCGGGUGGAUUUCGGCUUCUCUAUCUUAGCUAGAAUUUUGAAACUUGGUUUUCAACCAAACUGUAUAAUUCUUAAUACUCUUGUCAAGGGGCUCUGUCUUCGGGGUAAAAUUGCUGAAGCUAUGAAUUUGGUUAACAAAAUGGAGGAGAUAGGCUACAAAUCUAAUACAGUUACCCAUGGAACGAUAAUGAAUUGUUUGUGUAAAAUAGGUAAGACCAAUGAAGCUAUUGGAUUGUUAAGAAAGAUGGAUGAAGGAAAUCUUAAUAUAGUGAUGUAUAACACAAUCAUUGAUAGUUUAUGUAAGGACAGAUUGGUAACUGAGGCUUUGACUUUUUUCUCUGAAAUGCCAAAUAGAGGAAUUCAGCCAGACGUUUUCACUUACAAUUCUUUAAUUCAUGGCCUGUGCAAUUUCAGCCGGUGGAAUGAGGUAACUAAACUAUGGAAGGAGAUGGUUGAAAGGAAAAUAAUGCCAGAUGUAAGAACAUUCAGCAUAUUGGUGGACACAUUUGGCAAAGAAGGGAUGUUGAAAGAGACAAAAGAAGUUUUUGAUGUGAUGAUUCAGAGAGGCAUAGAGCCCGACACAAUCACUUACAAUUCUUUGAUUGACGGUUACUGUUUACAAAAUAGAAUGGAUGAAGCUAUCAAAGCAUUUAAUACGAUGGUUAGAAAGGGUUGUUCACCUUCUGUUGUUAGUUAUAACAUAUUGAUCCACGGAUUUUGUAAAAAUAGAAGAAUUGAUGAGGCGAUGAGUCUUUUUCGUGAAAUGUCUACAAAGGGAAUUUUUUCCAAUGUUGCUACUUAUAAUACUCUUAUCGGUGGGUUUUGCCGAGUUGGGAGACCUAAGAAUGCAUUAGAGCUACUCCAUGAGAUGCAAGGUUGUGGGCAACCUCCAGAUUGCCAAACUUGUGCUAUUUUGUUAGAUGGCUUGUGUAAGAAUCUACACUUUCAAGAGGCAAUGUCAUUGUUUCAUGAGAUGAAAGACAAAAUGUUAGAUCUUAAUAUUGUGAUUUACAGUAUCUUGAUUGAUGGUAUGUGUAAUGCUGGGAAACUAACGACCGCAAGAGAACUCUUUAAUACUCUUCCUACGAAAGGCUUGCAACCUAAUGUUAAGACUUACACUAUAAUGAUCAAAGGACUUUGCAAAGAGGGACUACUAAAUGAAGCAAGGGAGCUAUUUGAGAAAAUGGAGGAAAGUGGUUGUUCGCCUGACCAUGUCACAUAUAACACAAUCAUCCAAGGCUUCUUGCAACAUAAUGAGACAUCAUGGGCAGUGAAAUAUCUCCAGAUGAUGGUUGAAAAUGGUUUCUCGGCAGAUACGACCACUACAACCAUUUUGAUCGAGUUGUUGUCUACUAAUCAGGCAGAUAAAACAUUACAAGAUUUUUUUCAAAUAUAUGUGUGAAAGCUUUAUAGUUCUUCAAUGUGCAGGACAAAUUCUAUAUUCUAACAUUUACAGAGUAAAUGUUUAAGGUACAAAUAUAUUUGCUACAAGUUAUUGAGGUAAUUUUUCUCUCCGUGUCUUUUGGACUACUGUUGUGUAUUGCUAUUCCUAUUUUGUUAUCUAAAACUUUGUGUUGUAAUGAUGUAUUGUUUUCUUAAUGAUGUAUUUAAACAUUUUGUUGAUAUAGAAUUAUUGCAGAAUAUUGUUCAUUUGAAAUUUGGGGUUCUUGAUGGUUGUAUGCUUAUUGGCCACCAAGUUAAACUUUUAAGUGUUUCGUCAAUUAAAUAAAAUUUUCAUUUAUGUUAUAAAAUGGUUGUUUGAUUAUAUUUGUUAGGCUCCCGUCUAUGGUGAUUUCUCCCGUUAGGAUGUUGAUCUUGUAGGAGAUAGCCUAGAAUGCAAGAAUAAUCAAAUUUCCUGUUUGUCUUUUGAAUUACUAGUAAGGGAGAGUAAACACUUUCAAUGAGAG